GUAACAAUUUCGCUGGCUUUUAUCCUGUGCAAAAAGAAGACCCAAGACCUGCUUGGUUACAUGAGUAACAAGCGAUGGAUUCCAUAUCUCUGCGUGUAGCACUAAAUGAUGGUAACUUCAUUCCUGUACUGGGGUUUGGAACCACUGUGCCUGAGAAGGUUGCUAAGGAUGAAGUUAUCAAGGCUACUAAAAUAGCUAUAGAUAAUGGAUUCCGCCAUUUUGACUCUGCUUAUUUGUACGAAGUAGAAGAGGAAGUGGGCCAGGCCAUUAGAAGCAAGAUUGAAGACGGCACUGUGAAGAGAGAAGAUAUAUUCUAUACUUCAAAGCUUUGGAGCACUUUCCAUAGACCAGAGCUGGUCCGAACUUGCUUGGAAAAGACACUGAAAAGCACUCAACUGGACUAUGUGGAUCUUUAUAUUAUUCAUUUCCCAAUGGCUUUGCAGCCUGGAGAUACAUUUUUCCCACGAGAUGAGCAUGGAAAACUGUUGUUUGAAACAGUGGAUAUCUGUGACACAUGGGAGGCCAUGGAGAAGUGUAAAGAUGCAGGAUUGGCCAAGUCCAUUGGGGUAUCCAACUUUAACCACAGGCAGCUGGAGAGGAUCCUGAACAAGCCGGGGCUCAAAUACAAGCCUGUGUGCAACCAGGUGGAAUGUCACCUUUAUCUCAACCAGAGCAAAAUGCUGGACUAUUGUAAGUCAAAAGACAUCAUUCUGGUUUCCUACUGCACGCUGGGAAGUUCACGAGACAAAAUAUGGGUGGACCAGAAAAGUCCAGUUCUCCUAGAUGAUCCAGUUCUUUGUGCCAUAGCAAAGAAGUACAAGCAAACCCCAGCCCUAGUUGCCCUUCGCUACCAGCUGCAGCGUGGGGUUGUGCCCCUGGCCAGGAGUUUCAACGCAAAGCGGAUCAAAGAGCUAACACAGGUUUUUGAAUUCCAGUUGGCUUCAGAGGACAUGAAAGUCCUGGAUGGCUUGAACAGAAAUUUAAGAUACAACAAUGGAGAAUAGUGAGUAACUUUGAUCAUU